AUGUGUGGAAAGAUGAAACUCACCUCAAACGACGUCGUGGGGGUAGGGAAGGUUACUCAGUGUUGUGGAUGCAUGAAAGCAGGGGAAACAAAGAGAAGGGAAAAGAAAAGAAUCCAAAGGGCCAGGAUGUUACAUUCCCUCUACCAAAAAGUAUUCUUGGUGUACAAUUCGAUGGAGAAAGGGGAAGAAAGUACAUAUGCAAGACCUACCAACAUUGUUGCAAUGCUUGGCCACACUGCUACAAUGCCUAUGAACAUUGCAACAAUACCUUCCAACACUACUGCAUUCACACAGGAAAUAUCAAGACCAUUAUAUUCAGAUUGGUCAAUGUAUAACUAUAUGCAUGGAUACCAUGAGACUAUGCCACUACAUAUCUUCCACCUUUUGCAUCGCGUCCAAAUGCCAACCCUUUUUUUAUGGAGAAACAAGGAAUUGAUGGGAGUCCCAUUUGGACAACAAAUUCCAUAUUCGAGAUGUUCAAGUAAUCCUAAGGACAUGACAAAACCCAUCUCAUCUACUAGGAGAUCGCUAUUAUCUUCUGAAAGUAGUACUUAUCCAGAUAUCACAAAUGUGAGAAAUGAUGAGGAAGUAGCUAAUGGGGUUUUAGAGCCAACACCAGGAAUGUUUUUUAAAACUGAGCAAGAACUUAUUGAAUACUAUAAGCAAUAUGGGAAAUAAGCUGGGUUUGGCAUAAUAACCCAAAGAGGUAAAAGGGAAGAUGAUGGGAGUCUUAGAUAUGUAACAAUUGGUUGUGCUCGUGGUGGUAAGGCAAGGAGCUAUACUACCAACUUUUCUAAACCAUGCCCAACAACGAAGACCGAUUUUAAGGCGAAGAUUAAUGCAAUCAUGGUUGGUGA